AAAGGGGGUUGAGGGGUCUGUGAGGGCCUUGAUUGUUAUUGUCUAUAUAGGCUGGACUGCUUCCGGCUGUUUCAAUGUAGAGGUUUCGAGCCUUCCUAGAGGUAAAUGGUACCAUCUGCACGCAAACCGUCGACUUCGCUGAACGAAAGGCAGCCUGACGGACACCAAGGAAACGUUAUGAACAUGGAGUUUCAACAAAGCAGUACCACGAGGGUAUCAGAAAGUUUGAUAGGAAGUUUGGGGCAGUUCACGACAGUGCAGACAACGGCAACGCAAGUGAAGGAUUUCACCUCUUCGGCUGGCCCCGGCUCACUCGGAUUACACUCUGGCCACUCGCAUCCUGGGAGGUCCCGGGUCUCCCAUCUCGGGGUCAGGUCAGGGACCGCUUCGGCAAGGGUUUUUCGCCCAACUCCAGAGCAGCCUCGCCGCCCUCGACAGCAAGGGAAUCACAAAUCACGAGGAAAUCCACCGCCCAAAAUCAAGGAAGGAUCCCAGUUGCGAAGCAGGAACACCGUAGCGACCCUCGGCAGGUACAGGACGCCACCAGCAGCAGCAAGAGUUUUGAGUUCCGAGUGUCUGCAGGGCAGAUCAUCGUGGCGAUCAGGUGGUACACCUCGACGCAGGGACUUUCCUUGGUCUCAAUGGACUAUUGAGAUGAUUGCAUCCUCAUGGGGGUGGUGGUUUGAGAAGAGCAGCAGCAACUGCAGCAACAGCGGCGAGGCGCGCGAGAGAACUUCACAUGCUCUCGAGCCCACCGCCCGAGCUCACGAUCUAGACUCGCCGCGCCACAAGGCCAUGUAGCCAUCGCCACCGCACGGUUGUUGUCCACAAGCGGCAGGAGGCAUCUUUCUCCAAAUACAGGGCCAUCUCAAGGCCUGUCGGACAAGGAGGGCCACGACAAAGCUGAU